AUGCCCUCUCUCGGCCGCACCCUCAUCGCCCUUGUCGGCCUAACGACAAUGAUCGGCUGCUACAUCGCCGACUGGAACGAAACACACAUCUACAACCCAAGCUGGACCCCACACGCAAAAUUCCACAACGGCCAAACAAUGUCCAUGGGUGCAGCACUAGGUUCAACUACACUAUUCUUCCUCUACGGGCCGCCAUCAUCCCCUUCCUCAUCAACGGCAGGGAGGUUAUCGGCUCUGUUUUACCCCGGUUCGUUGGCGGUUGACCCGGAGUUUGGUGAAGGGGCGCCGCAGGUGUAUAUUUGUGCGGUUUUGUUGAGUAUGAUUGUGGUUGGGACGAGGUUGGAGGUUAGAUUGAUUAAUGCGGAGAAGAAUAAGAAGGCUUAA